AUGGGGCUAUCUCUGCAGAAACUUGCACCUGGUUCCACAUCUAACUCUCUUAUCGUCUUCUUUAUUUAUUGGGCUGAUAACAAAAAACUGAAAGAACUUGACCCAAUUAUAGAGGAAGUGUAUGAAAAAUUAGUCGGAGACGAAGGGACCAUCGAAUUCCCAGUUUUCUACAGAGCAGUAUGCGAGAUUGUCGAGAAACUCAAUGAAAAUCUCGGAAAUACCCAGAUCAAACUCCCGGCAACCAAGGAUCUGGAGAAAGAAUUCGAUAAGCGUGAAAAGAAGAAAGAAGGGAAAAACAAUCCAUUGACAAAAACAGAAUUCCAGGAGAUAAUGAAAAAUUUGGUGAAGACAUCAGGAUUCACUGGUAUAGGGGCAAAGGAAUCAAUCUUGUGCAUCUUUGGUGUUCCAUUGGCUGCUCUGUUUGUAAAGCAGAAAGUGAUGCCUGAGGCAAUUCGCGAUGAAUUUUUCAUUCCAGGAGUAACUUCUGCCACGGUUUUCACCCUUGCUGCUCUCAACAAGAUUUGA